CUCGUCGCCGCCGCCGGGCUGCCAGGCACGGCUCGGCAGGGCUCGGCGCGCCUCGGCUCGGCUCGGCUUGUCUCGGCACGGCCCGGUACCGCCUGCCGAGCCCCCCGCCCGCUUCCUGCCAUGGACGGGGGCGCCUUCGGAGCGGGGAAAGCCGGCGGCGCCUUCGACCCGCAAGCCUUCAUCCGGCAGCCGCAGACCCUCCUGCGGCUCCUCUCCUGGGUGUUCUCCAUCGUGGUGUUUGGCUCCAUUGUCAAUGAAGGAUACAUAAACCGUGCGGACGAGACACAAGAGCACUGCAUUUUCAACCACAAUCGCAAUGCCUGCAACUAUGGCAUUACGGUGGGUGUCCUCGCCUUCCUCAGCUGCCUUCUUUACCUGGCUCUGGAUGCCUACUUCCCGCAGAUCAGCAGCGUCAAGGACCGCAAGAAGGCAGUGCUCUCAGACAUCGGAGUCUCAGCCUUUUGGGCAUUCCUCUGGUUCGUUGGCUUCUGCUUUCUGACCAACCAGUGGCAAGCGUCAAAAGAAGAGGACAACCCAAUGAAUGAGGGAGGGGACGCAGCCCGAGCAGCCAUCACAUUCUCGUUCUUCUCCAUCUUCACCUGGGGCUCCCUCACAUUUCUGGCUUUCCGGAGACUCAGAGACAUUACUUUUCAGGAAGAGUACAAUACCCUGUUCCCUAACUCCCCGUCCUUGCUGCCUUAGCACCCCUCGCUGAUGGGGAAUUUAGGGGAAGGGAUGGAAGGAUGCAGCUGGAGGAGGUUACUGAGUAGAGACAGUUCCAAUGCUCUGACCAUGGGUGUGUGGUCACUGUAGGGCACAGGGUGGGAUGACAUGGGCCAUUGAACUGGAGUGAGGUUGUCCACUGAGCGGGGAUCUCCCUCCAGGGAGUUGGAACUGGCAAUAUCUUCUCCUCCUCCUCCUCUGCUCCCUUCUCUCCCUUACUUGUACUCUAACUAAUGCUGCGUAACACUGCUGUGCCUUUCUUAUGAUGACUGCUCAGACCUAAUACUUCAGGAGAUGCCCUCUGCCCCAACCACUUUAUCUCCUCCAUUUCCUCUGAGCCUUUAUUCCCCAAAAAUCUUUCCCCCCAUCACCUGCUAGACUGCUCACCUCUACCAGGGAUGCUCUGGGACAAGAAGCCAUGCCUGCUGGGGUGUGUGAUGCAGAACCCAUGCCUGGGCUCCCUCAGUCCACCAAAGGGUGCCCGCAGUGCCUGGGGUAGGAGGCAGCAGUAUGCUUGCUAACUGUCCCCUGGUCUGGGAAGCAGCCGCCUUGCCUCCUGCUGCUCCUUCCCAAGGUCUAUGCUGCACCCUGUGGAUGUUGGCCAGUGAGGGUGUUAUAGGGGAUGACCACUACCUCGCUACUCCAGGUCAAAUCCUGCUCUCCUUCCUGGCCUCUGGCUGUGUACCUCCAGCCUGGCAGGCAAGCGUUCUGCUGUGUUGCUGAAGCACAUUGCCUUCCCAGGGGCAGGAGGGGCUGAGUGGGAUAACCACACGCCAACUGAGCCUCUGCGACCUGUGCCAUGUGGGUGAAAGCCCACCACUGGGCAGGAGGUGCUCAGCACACCCCAGAGUCAGUGGGAAACCCCAGCAGGCUGCAGGCAGGCAGCUGGGCUUGCAGCCAUCCCUGCCUGCCCUCCUCUCUCCCAAUGGCUCGUGCUUCCUAUAGGGUAUUUGAACUUCCUUGCUCUCAGGGGUGUUUCACCGUCAGGCUGCCCCGUGGGCCUCACUCACUAACCCGUAACCACUACUAACCCCACUUUUGUUUGUUUCUCUUUCUCGGUAUGUUCCCCCUCUCUUUCUCCCCUCCCCUCUCUGCUUCCCGUCUCUUCCCCCCACCUCCUCCCUUAAAGGUGGGCCAGGCAUUCCUGGCGUAUCAGCGUUUCCGGCUGGGUGCCGAUUCGGCCCUCUUCUCCCAGGACUACAUGGACCCAAGCCAGGACUCCGGCAUGCCUUAUGCUCCCUACACGAACGAGGAGGAUGCUACAGAUGCGGUGGGGACUUACCAGCAGCCCCCUCCAGCAGAUGCUUUCGACACCGAGACACAGGGGUACCAGACGCAGAACUACUGAGCCACCGAUGCCCCUUUCCCUUCCUCUUUCCCUUCUGCCCCCUUUCCCACUGCCGGCAAAAAGCCGAGGCACAAACCAGACACGUGUGUAGUGGCACAAGAGGUGGCUCUCAGCUAUGCUCCAGCCUUCUGGGUCAUCUGUUUUUAGUUAUUGUUUUUAAAAAAGGAAGAAAAAAAGACAAAGAAAAAAAGUUUCCCCAUCACCUCUUCCUUCUCCUCCUACCCCCCAAAACUACCUGCCAGAACCAAAUUCUUCCAAAAUCUGCCACCACAUUGUGACAGGAAGGUCCCCCCUUCCCUCCUCUCCCACCUGCCUCACUGUGGAGGGCAGAGUCUGGCUGGUGGGCAGGAGAGGGGCUACGACACCAGCAGGGCAAGGGAGAGGGUGUUGCAGGCAGAAGGGAAGGAGUGAGAGGGACCUUCCUAGAAGAGAUGAUGUUGCUAAAGGCUGGAGUAGAUGUGGGAGCAUCCGAAUUGGGCUGCAGGGCCUGGUGGCUCAGGGAGAGGGAUGGUGGUGGAGUCAGCAUGCAGGAGUGUGAGGGUGGAGGGUAGUGGGAAUGGCAUCCCCCAUGCCAAAGCCAGGAGGGCUUUUCUCUGCUACAUGCUAGUGAGGGAGGGGUGCUUUGUUUUUAGAGGUUUUGGGGAGAAGUGGUAUUGGGGGGGCCCACAAAGAGAUACAAUAGGAAGGGAAGGAGGAAGAUUUGCAGGUACAAUCAAAAACCACAGGCAUGUCUGUAGGUUGCAGCGAGAGAUUCAGCAGAGCAGAGGGGCAGUGCCAUGAAAGUCACUCCUUCCCCAGCCCCCUUGGAUUGAGGUGGAGGUGAUGUCCUGCUCGCAGCUCUUCUCAAACCAGUGUUUGGUGAGGCAGGAGGAGAGCCAUGUCCAGUCCCCCGCCCCAGACACAGUGCCUGUGGGAGGAAAGUUGAAGGAGUUGGGCUUCUAAGGGGUGCUGAGAGCCCUCGUCCCCAGCUGGGCUGGUUCGAGAAGGAGAGGAAAGCUUUGGCAUUUCACCCUGGGCAGGACGAAUAGAAGAAAGCCAGUUUCUCUCUUCAGGUCCUCCUGAACCCUCCAUUCCUCUGCUACCACAGUGCAAAGCCUCUUGCUGGCACCAUCUUUGUAGCACACAGGAAUGGAGCAGGACUCCCCCUGGGAAGAAAUACUGCUUCUGGGAUGCCCAGCAUGUGUCUGGCUCUUGCACAAGGGGUGCAACCAAGCAGGGAAGAGUUCUGCCCCACACGGCUGUGCUCUGCCUCCCACUCAGAUGGAGAGGAGGUCUUGGUCUGCAGAGAACUGGUUGGGGAAAGACUGAGCUCUCUGAAAACUGGUCUUGCUGUAUUUGCCAUAUAGCGCAUCUUCUGCAGCAUCUCAGCUCCUGGCUGUCUUUAAAGCCUCGCCUAGGUGGCAGUAGUGACUCUCAGAUAGAGCCUGUAUGCACAUCAUUACACACUCAUGAUUUUGCUUCUGGUGCAAAGACACAGCUGUGGAAACACACUCUUUAUUCCAGAAUAGAAGUAAGGUCUAUGUGUGAAGACGGUCCCUAAAGGGAAAUAAUUCAGCAAUAGUCAGCUGGACAAUUCACCCCAGCCCGACAUCUCUCAGAGCACAAGCGGCAGGGUAUGCCUUGCAGGAGUGAGGAGCUCCAUCCUCCAGGCAGCCAUCCUGCUCCAUGCAACACUGGCCUCAGUAGCAGAGAUCAGGAGCAGAUCCAAAAUCCAUAGGUGCUCCCCCUGAGUGUCCAGCCUAUUCCCCGUAGCAGCCUUAGGAGUUGGGAGGAUGGGACACAGGUCUGGCCUGUGACUAUGUGAACAUCUCACAUCUUACCAGUCCUUCCCUUCCUCCCAGUGUGAUUCCUCUCCAGCUGCCCCACAAUGAUAGGGAAGGGGUAGAAACUGUAAAGCUGCAGGCCCCAAGAGGGAAAAGGGGUAGUUGUUCUCUGCUGUAUAUAGGCACUGUUUCUAGCUGCUCCUAACCAGUGCUGCUGGUGGCUGUCCCCAUGGCUUGUCCUCCCCAUGGCUUGCACCCCUUUGCUGGUGGUUAACCACUGGUGAGGACAGGAGAGGGGGACCAGCUAGCCCCAUGGAUGCACCAGGAGGGACUGGGCAUGCAUCCCUUGCUCUGUGGCUGUGAGCGAAAGCAAUACUGUAAAUAGGAGGGUUAUUUUUUGGAGGGAAGCCCCUUGGGCUUCUUAUUCUGUGGGCUUAGCCUAAUAUUUAGGCUUGGGAGGGGGUUACUUUAUUGAGAGAAGUUCGUUAUGACUUGGGGGGGCUCCCUCCAGUCCAUCUCUCCCACUGUGGGAGAGGAAAGAACGAAUGACGAAGGUGGAGGAGGAGAAAAACUAGUUGUACUCACCCAAACUCAUCUGUGUCAUCCUUCAUGUUUUCAUUUGGGGGGUGGGGGGGAACCAGGAGGAGGAGGCAGCUAUAAAUACCCAACCCUCAGCACAAAUAUGUGCUGUACUUUUUGGGUGGAACUGCCCAUCACCUGUCCCCAGUCCUUGGUGAGGGGGUGAGGGACCUGGUGCAUGAGGAGACAUACACACCAUACGUGGGGAGUCUACCUGGGGCUCUGUUUUGAGAUGUAGCACAGGAUCAUUUUACAUGUCCUUUCUCCCAUCAGAGUUAUCUGGAUGGCUAAACACCAUUUGGGUUUGAUGACUAAUGAGCAAGCUUUUCUUUACCCUCUUUAGCUUGCUUCCCUCAUGUAACCAGCUGAUGGGCUCCAGUGGCCUUGAAGUAGGAAUGAGCUUCCGCCUCAGAGCUGGCACUUCAGUGAGACAUGAGCCAGGUGGCUUCAUCCUGGGUAAUUGCCCACUUCUCUGUCCCUUUCUUCCUUGCUUUGUGUCGUAGGAAAGGCAUUGGUGUGGCAGGGGACGCUACAACAGUAGAUACUUGGGCAAUUUCUUGCUCUGGCUCAUGGGAGAAGACAUACUCUCCUUGGGCUGACAUGCUUUCAGCCUUUGCAUGGUGGUGACAGACCUGGGGGUGGGACUCUCCCUGUUUGCAUGCAGCAAUUUAAAAUGCAAUUUCCGGUGGCAUUUGGCUGGUUCUGCAGCUGAUGGAGAGAUACAGACCUACCCAAAGGGUUGGUUAUCUUAUCUUAGGCUCUUCUGAUAAGGUGUUGCCUAUUUCUGGUGAUCAUAGGCAAGACCUGAAGAGCUGGCUGGAACAUGUCCCUUUUAGAUCUUAAAUGUGGGUGAGAUCGGCCCCACUCUAGGGAUUAGUAGAUCAGAGAGAAGGCUGUAUAAGCAAAACGAUAAGGCGGCUUUCUUCCCCCUCUGCCAUUUGUCCAGAUUACAGAGGAUUACACAUCCCCUGUUGGGAGCAGUGGCCCCUUGAUGUCUUCUCAUUUUAUGAAGCCCCUCAGUAAGGAACUGUUUUGUGACAGCAGGGGCUGUGAAGGGCAAAGGGAUGAUGAAACCUUGCCCCAGUUCUACCUGUGGCUUCAGUCUCCUGACUUGUUGAUCCCCGGCUCACCCACAUCUCCACCACACUAUUCACCUCAUCACGCACCCUUCCCCUCCGCAUUAUUCCUGGCAGUUCCCUCAGGGGAGGAGGCGUCUUUGUCCCUGCACCCUCGCAAGCACUUGGGAGGACCUGGGAAGGCAGUGUUGUGGGGUGGUUCCCACAGGAGCCUCAGCUCCGAUCCCCAGAGCAGGAACAAGGCAAGGAACCCAGCAAGGCCACCUCAUGCAGCAAGUCCAAACCGUCCAUUCCAGACAAAUCCCUGCUGUCUGCGUGGCAUCUGUAACACCACCUGGGCUGCCCUGUCCCUUCCCCUGCCACAUUACUGCCUGUGUAUAGUAUAUAUAUUAUAUAUAUAUUUAAAAAGAUGUAUAAUAUAAAGCUAUACAUAUAUACGUAUAUACGAUGACUCAUGGAUGGCCUGCCGCAUACAGGAUCCCCUGAGUGGUCUUGUCUAAGCCCAAGUGUCCCUUCACCCUUCCUCCCCUCCAUCCCUUGACCCUAUCUGUUCCGAAAUCCAACUACAGUGAACCCCGCCACCUCGGCACCUGUGUUUACAAUGUCCUAUAUAUUUGUGGUUAACAAAGUGAAGGUGGUAACUACUGGUGUCUCAAUAAAGUUAUGACGUUCAAAAUAACCAAACUA